AUGUUUUACUUUCUCGUGCUCUGCACAUCAUUUAGUGGUCUCGCCAGAGCUCAUGCGGGUCCGACAGCAUGUAUAGAGAACGGAUUAGUGAUAGGCACAACGACAAGCCUUCCCGCUGCCAGUGCAACUGUGAACCAGUUUUUAGGCAUACCAUUCGCUCAAUCGCCCCCGGAGAGGUUCUCACCACCUCAACCAGUCACACAAAAGUCCGUCAUCAACGCUACAGCUUGGAAACCAGCAUGCAUCCAAGAAUUCACAUAUCCAUUGGCCGCUCAGCAAUUUACCGAAUUGAUUUUCAACCAACCCCCGCCACCGGAAUCGGAAGACUGCUUGUACUUGAAUAUCUACAGUCCAGCUGCGCAAUCUAGCGAGCUUGGCGGUCGUGCUGUCAUGUUCUGGCUAUAUGGUGGUGGCCUGGAAUUUGGCGGCGCCGGACAACCGAGUUAUGACGGGAGUCAUCUUGCUGGAAAUGAAGAUGUUGUGGUUGUAACAACGAACUAUCGUACCAACGUCAUUGGAUUUCCAAGCUCUCCAGAACUGCCUCUUACUGGACACAACCUUGGUUUCUUGGAUCAGCGUUUUGCUUUACAGUGGGUACAACGCAACAUCCACGCUUUCGGAAGCGAUCCUUCCAAAGUCACAAUCUUUGGAGAGUCUGCUGGUGCUACCUCAGUCGAUGCUCUUCUUACCAGUUUCUCCAAGAACUCGACGCCUCCUUUCCGAGGUGCUAUUCUUGGAAGCGGCCAGGUUACUUUCAAACCAAGUUCCCCAGCUAGUAGUCUUCCAGCAUGGUACAAUCUGACUGUUGAGCUUGGCUGUCCUGGAAAAUUCAAAAGUAACUUGAGCUGUGUUCGAGCUGCAAACGCGACUAACAUAAAGCGCAUCAUUGAGAUCAACGAACUCCAAUUCCAGCCUAUCGCUGAUAAUGUGACACUCGUUUCAGAUCCUCUUCGGCGCCGGGCUCUAGGUGAGGUCGCCAACAUUCCUGUUCUAGGUGGGACCAAUGCACAGGAAGGUAGAGCCUUUCAAGUUGGCCAGAACAACAUCACCACCUGGUUCAAUACUAACUUCGGAUCUUCGCCAUCGCUAGUUGCUGCGAUCAAAGAGGCAUAUCCGCUCGGCGUAGAUGGAUUGGACCUCCCUUACGAGGUGAUAUCGCAAAUCUAUACCGACUACAGCUUUCAAUGUCCUCAGGCACUUUGGGCAAAUGCAUCAGCUGCAGGAGGCAUCCCUACCUGGCGAUAUUAUGUCAAUGCUUCUUUCGACAACACCCAAAGAUACCCAAAUCUAGGCGUGUAUCAUUCAUCAGAGAUCUCCAUCGUUUUCUCCACAUACCCCACCGUCAAUACUACGACUCAAGAGUACGCACUCAGUCGUUUCAUGCGUGGCGCCUGGGCGACGUUCGCCAAGAAUCCAAUCAACGGACCUGGAUGGAAUGCUGUAGGAAGUGGUACAGCGGGAGUGGUCUACAAUGGUCGACUGGAUGGUCAACUUAACAGUGGUGAUGGAUCUGUACUGCAAGAAGACUGGGACCUUGGCGUGCUGGGCGAUGUCGGGAAUGUUCAUGGAAGCGGCGUUACUGUUUUGCCUCAGAGCGCGGUAGACGGCAAAUGUGCUUUGUUUGCACCAGUUUACAAAGCCAUCAUGCAAGGAUGA